AGAUCUGCUAUGAAUAGAUAAUCUGUGAGGCUUCUUCCAUUACUCCUCCUACUACUAAAUCUUGGGCGUUUAUCACUGAAAGACUAGGGUACUGGUAGCAGAUCUCUUUUAAUUUGCAAAAAAAUGAUUUGUAUUAUCAUAGUUGCUGGACAUGGAGCUAAACUGGAGCAAGAAAUUUUGAGAGAUGAGUCGGGACAGUUUACCGAUUUGAUAAACGUUCCAAAGGCUCUAUUACCCGCAGCAAUACAAUCAAAUGCCUCCUCCGGGUCUAAUUGGAAGUUCUCCGAUGACCAAAGGAUACUAAACUGUUGGUGGGACUUACUUAAAAGUCGUCAGCAGUUUAAGGAGGUGUACUUGGUGACCAACGCAGACAAGUACAAGCAUUAUGAGAGAUGGGCAACGGCAAAUGAGUUUCCUGUUCCUAAUAUUGUUAAUGAUGGUUCAACUAAUGCAGAGAACAGCAUUGGAGCCAUUGCCGCUUUGGAGCUUACCAUACGCUCAAAGAAUAUCAACGAUGACAUAUUAGUGGUAGCUGGAGACAUGAUAUUUGAUCAGAAUUUCAGCAUAGAGCAGCUCCUUGAUUAUUUCAAACACAAGAAAGGUGACCUUGCUAUAUAUUAUGAUUUGGAGGAGAACAAGUCCACAGAGCAGAGAGGAAUCAUUGAGAUAGACAGCUCCUCGGGAAGGAUUGUUAAGUUCCUUGAAAAACCAAAGCCUGAAGAAACAGCAUCUCGCCUAGCAUGUCCUGUAUUUUAUUGUCUUUGUAAGAGUACAUUACCGUACAUUUCAAAAUAUACUGAUCUUUACCGUGAGCCAAAAGACAGGUCGUUUGGAUGCUUUAUGUCAUGGCUGGUUAAUGAGGGUCACACUCUAUAUGGUAUGAAGUUGCCUUCACAAUUUCAGCUGAUUGGAAAGAUUGAUUUAAGCGAAUAUACUUCAUGGAUACAGUCAUCCAUUAAACGUAAUGAAGAGCCAGCCCUCAAACCAAUCACUGUCAGAACUUAUGCAAGGGUUGGUUUGAUUGGCAAUCCUUCUGAUGGAUUUAAUGGUAAGACAAUAUCACUGACUAUUGGGGACUUCUGGGCCGAAGUCACAAUAAAGCCAUCAACAAAGCUAAAACUGAAUCUUCAUCCAUUGAACGAUCCAACGGAAUUUGGUAGUUUAUCUGAUUUGUACGGAAUCAGUAGGAGAGAAGGAUAUUUAGGUGGUCUGAGACUCUUGCAGGCAACUUGUAAGAAGUUUUAUGAAUAUUGUAGCUCGAAUGGCAUUGCUCUAGCUAGAAAGAACUUUUCUCUCUCCUACGAGACUAACAUACCAAGACAAGUGGGUUUGGCCGGAAGCAGUGCCAUCAUAUCCUCUACUUUUAAGUGCUUGAUGAAGUUUUUUAAUCUCACGGAGAAUGACAUUCCUAAGCCAAAGCAACCUCAGUUUGUACUCAAUGUUGAAGAGGAAGAGCUUCACAUAACAGCUGGACUGCAAGAUAGAGUUAUACAGAUAUAUGAAGGCCUGGUAUAUAUGGACUUUUCUGAGGAACUGAUAAACCGACAAGGACAUGGUAAUUAUAUUCCAAUGGAAAUAAAUGAUCUUCCUCCAUUGUGGCUGGCGUAUGUUAGUGAUCCAAGUGAUUCUGGAAAGAUACACAGCACUGUGAAAGAAAGGUGGAGGGGAGGUGAUGAAGAGGUUAUUAAAGGAAUGAAAGAUUUUGCUGAAAUAACUGAUCAAGCAAGAGAUGCUAUUGAAACUAAGAACACAAAUCAGCUACUUGAAUUGAUGAACGCUAAUUUUGAUCUUCGAAAGAAACUUUACACAGAAAAAGCUCUAGGAGAGAAAAACAUGAGAAUGAUCAGCAUAGGGAGAAAGUAUGGAUCAUCUGCUAAAUUUUGUGGGAGUGGAGGUGCUGUAGUUGGUCUCUGUCUUGAUGAAAAGAAAAAAUACGAAAUGAUACAAGAGUUUCAGUCUGAGGGCUUUGUUGUGUGUGAUCUGAAACCGUAUGAUGGAGCUACUAAAGGCAGCGAUAAAAUUGAGAGAGAGCUGUAACCUUUUUAAAAUUUUCCCUGCUACCUUUUAUUAAUUUUAUUAAUUUGUACUCAUGCUGGACUCACAUGAGGUUAAUUAUACCUUUAAAAAAUGAUUUGAUGUAUUCAGAAUUUGCAGAA